AACUGUACCCAUCCCGGCUGUACUAUACUACCCAACAUUCAAGAGUUAAGACUCUGAAGACUCAACAGUAAUUACUUAUUACAGUAUACCGUGGAGGCUUGGAGUCAGUUGUCUGUGAUUAAUUAAUAUUCACUGACGGUGACUUAUUAACUGUGUAAGAAUGAUAAGAUUAAAUCCUACAAGAAUAGAGCUCAGGAUCGAAGAUUUAAGUGAAUUUUCAGAUAUCAAAAAUCAUCAUGAAACUAUUAAAAAAGCUAAAGAAGAAAAACAAAAAAAUCUGUAUGGUCCUCUUUUAAACACCAACACAAAAACCAAACAAGAAGUUGUACAAGAAAGAAUAGGAUUUAUCCCAAGACCCAGACAUUCAUCGCAAUGAAAGAUAUUACUGUCAUAUUUUUAUUUUAAGUAUUUUUAUUUAUUUCUUUUCUAAAUUUAAUAUAAAAUAUAUUAAUGAUAAUAACUUAA